GCCGCCACUGUCGCCGCCGCCAUGAACAGCGUAGGGGAGGCCUGCACUGACAUGAAGCGCGAGUAUGACCAGUGUUUUAAUCGCUGGUUUGCCGAGAAGUUCCUCAAGGGGGACGGCUCCGGGGACCCGUGCACCGACCUCUUCAAGCGCUACCAGCAGUGUGUUCAGAAAGCAAUAAAGGAAAAGGAGAUUCCUAUUGAAGGACUGGAAUUCAUGGGCCAUGGCAGAGAAAAGCCUGAAAGCUCUUCUUGACCUUGACAGUCACCUUGAAAAUGGACUCCUCGAAUCAGGAAAGAGGACUCUGGAUUUCAUCAGUUAAGGCUGUGAAAAUAGCCAUCAAUUUGAUGAGUUUAGGAGGGAGUUUUCUUUCCUCCUAAUUUCCUCUCACUUGUAAAAGAGGAUGAACCAUCACGCUCAGCUUUGAGAUCAUUUCUCACUACUCCGGCAUCUUACAGGAACUCUGUGUGCUAAAACUGAAUGAUUUCUUGGGAUUAUGGUUGCAGUACUUGGUCUGGGAUCAGCUUUAAGUAUCCUUUGUAUGUGAACACGGACAGACUUGUCAGGAUGAUCAGGGUUCUUCUGAAGGACAUUAGGUACAUUGCACUGGGGUUAUUCAUGGAAGCAAUUGGUUAGGGUCUCUUUGCUCUCAGGGAGCUAAUGCUCUGAAAAGGGAUCCUAGCACAAGUUUUAAUCAAUGCUUGGGAGCACGGCUUUAUUUUUAUAUAAUAACUGUUAAGAUUGCUGGUGGACUGGGUUAGCCAAGAGGAAAACAGCUUUAACAGAGUUCCCUGCCUUAAGAAGAGGUGUCAUAUUUCAGAUUAAGAUAUGAAAGCUUAAAGAGUGAUGCAGUAAAAACCAUUUCAGAGCUCAUAGUGUAGUUUAGGAAUUAAGAUUCUUGGAGUAACUAUGGAGAAACAUCCUAAAUUGCAAAGAUUUGCUGUUGCCAGCUUUCAACCCAAGUCAGUUAAGCCAACUUGUAUUAUCAUAAAACUGCCAAAAAUGCUGCACCAGGUUAAAAGGGAAAAGAGUUUGCUUCAUUUGCCUCGUCUACCCACCCUGCCCUGUAAUGUCUGUAAUCAGGAAGAUGGAAUAAAUUGUAACACCUAGUUAGAUUAUUUGCCCCCUGGAGAACUCAGUGCACUUUAUGGAACAGUUAAUACACUGUAACCCCACAUAUCCCAUAUAUACACUAAUGGAGAGUUUUAUCAUUUAAAGGUGAAAAGUGAAAAUUUAAGCUAAAUAGUAUGCUAUAAUAAUUAGAAAUCUCACUGAUUAUCUAAAGUUUACUCCCACAGUAAGCUACCCAAGUAAACUUAACAUGCUUAUAUAACAGCACAAAAAAUGCCAGGUGAGGACUACACACUUUGGGAUGUCAGGUAAUCACCAAAAUUGCACCUGUUGAGUAAUUUGGUUCAUAUAUAUAUAUAUAUAUAUAUAUAUAUAUAUAUAUAUAUAUACACCCAAUAUAGUAUGAAACAGUUUAUAGAAGGCAAAAAUUCUGUUUUCCUAUCCAGUUUACCAAUGACGACUUCAUAUUUAACAAGACCAGUCCUUAAAUCAUGUCAAGACAUUCUACAUUUAUAAUUUGACUGGUUAUAGUCCAUUAUACAAGGAUUAUAAGAGAUCAUUGGAAGCCAGUUGAGGGAUGCCCGGCAGCAAGCCGAAGUACAGUACGUCUGUUGUGAGCUCAGCCUGGCCACAAGUACACUUCCAUAGUGACUUGGAAGCACAAGCACAGGCUGUGGCUAGAUCACGAACUGGUAAAUGUAGCAGGGAUCCUUUUUUCCUUCCAGUAAAUGGCUUUCAUGCCUCGGGUUUCCAAAUGCCUCAUCUCUGCAGUACUAGUUUACUAUGUGUACUAUGCAAUACCAAAACCUGGUAGCCUCAUGAAUCUUACUACAAAACUGUCUGGUUGAGCCUUAAGAAUAAAACUAAGUAAAAGCUCCAAGCCAACUAUGUUCCUUCAUUGUAACUGCUACUGCGGGAAUAGUUUUUUUUCUGACUGUUCUUCAUUGUUUUUUUGACUUCAUCCUCUCUAUAAAGUGACUCCAACUAUCACAGCUACUUCAAAGAUUUUAAAUUUUGAAGAAUUAAUUGCUCUUUAAGGGUGACUUUGUUACUAUUGUUUCUCCUUAAUUCUUAAUGCUACAGGAAGGUUUUAAUUCCAAAAACAAAUAAAGCCAAUGGUACAUACAGAAA